AUGAAUAAAUUUACACUAAGGUUUCCACCAUAAAUGGAGAGUAAAUAUGAAGAGUUUACAAGAGAAUCAUGCUUAUUUCAUUUUAAACAUUAUCAACCAAUCUUAAUAAUCAUCAAUUUAAGUGUGACCAUAAUCCAACUCAAAGGUGGAUAGAUAGUAAAUGGGCUAUUGGAAUCAAUCAUAACUAUAUUUUUCAUUUUACAAAUUCCAUUUAUAGUUAAAUAUCGUAAAGGAAAGAGUAUAUGCAGUGUAUUUGUGAUAAAUAAUCUGAUUAUGACUGCCAUACAGAUUUUAGUGGAUGUGAAUACACCUGCAUAUGAUAAUUCAUAUGUAUCGGGAUGUGGGAUAAUAAUCAUCAAUAUUACAUUAUUGGAGCAUUACGAUUUUGUGUGGAAUGCGUUCUCUUUAAUGGCAAUAACAACAGCCCGUUUCAUAUAUAUUCUAUUUUAUUUUACCUUCGAUGGAAUGGCUAUACUUUACAUAGUUUUAUCGCUAUAUUUAUUCAUGCUUCUCUACAGGAAAUCAUACAUAAAGCGAACAUUAUUCAUUUAAUAUCAGAAUGAAAAAGAAAUAAGAAACAUAUUAAAUGAAAUAAUCCAAAAUAUAUAUAUCUAAUUUAAAUUUGAUAAAAAAUCAUUUUAAUUUGAAUUAAAGUACGCUAACCAAUAUGCUGAGCAAAAAUUAGGAAUCUCGAACAACCAAGAUUUUAGGGAUUUCUUACAUCAAUACUCAAUUUAUGAUUCAAUAGCCACUUCUAAAAUUAAUCAAAAUCAGCGUAGUUUGGCUAUGGAAUCCAAAUUAAUAGGACAAUUUUUAUAUGAAAAGAUGAUUAUCGAGUAGACUCCUUUAAAAAAACUUGAAGCUAUUAUUCAAAAAAAUAGUUCCAAAUAAUUAUACAAUAUUAAAUUGUAUGCGUAUUAGAAUGAGAAUAGGGAAAUAUUGAUGUUGAUGGAAUAGAGACAGGAUAUUUUACAAGAUGAUGAUAAAUUGAAAUAAAAAGAUAAGGAAAUUAAACUAUUAUCCAGCAAAUUAGAUAAGAUUAAUUUAAGAACAAACAAACAAUUAUUCUAAUUAUGUUAAUUAUAAUAGAAUUCUGAUGAUAGGUAUUAUUUAAAAGUCAGUGAAUCUUUAAUAAGUGGGCAGAUUAUUUCGAACACAAAGAUCAAAAUGAUCUUGGAUGCAUUUUAGAUCUACUAUUUCAAAAUCAACAAUUUAGAUUUAGAAACAUUUUCUUUAAAGAAUCUAAUUUAUCAAUCUUUAAUGAUUAUGAAUACUGUGGCUGAUGUAGAGAACAAAUCUAUUUAAUUCGAAUCUGAUUAGUCAGAUCACUUUGUUGUUACAUCAAUAUAACAUAUCAUCUAAUUUAUAUUCUCCAAUCUUUUAUAUUUAUUUCUCAUCUAAAAAUAUCAUAGACAUAUCAAGGUAGAAUUGAGCAAUCUCGAAGCCGAUUCGUGUAUUGCUCUAAACUUUUAUAUUGAGGGGUUCAUCUCAUUAGAGUUCUUACGUUAAAAUACAUUUAUUAUUUAAAUGAUAUAUAAAGGUUUAUAAAUAGUGGGACCCAAGGCAGAAAUUACUACUUAAUUCUCUUUCGAUGCCUGUCCUAAUUUAUUAUAUAUUAAGAUAUACAAAAACUUAGAUUAUGUUCUGAAUGGGUGA